AUGGCAUUUGAAGAGUACAUCAGGCGCGCCAUCUUGACCGGCCGGACGUACGAUGACCUGCCAGCCAGGGUCAAGGCGAUCCUGCCGCUGGCGGAAUGGCGCGCAAAGGUGCGCGAGUUCUGUGUCCUGCGCGGCUACCCCUGGGCCACCAGUGCAGCCCGCCAUGUGUGCGGACAGCAGGAGUAUUACGAUGACCUUCUUGCCAAGUACAAGGCCUGGGGCAGGAUCUUCCCGUACCACCUGUCAGAAUAUGUGUGCCGCGUGCAGCGCGCGAGCCCCUUCAAAUACUACAGCGAUGUGCUGUUCCUCACGCUCAAGGAGGAGCGGUCCUACGACACGAUACCAAACUUCACGGCCGCCGACGCGCUCCGGGUGACUGGUGUUGGGCGCAACGAGUACAUAGCCAUCCUGAACGCCUGCAAGGCCAAAAAGUUGAUGUGGCGCGUCAACAAGGCGCUCGCCCGCGACCUGCUUCCACAGGCCGAGCAGGAGACCCGGUUGGAGCCGUGGUGGCUGGUGGAGGUCACAAACGUUGGCGAGGCCGAGUUCCGGGAGCUGGCCUCGCCAGAGGCGGGCCUCCUGCGGGCCGCCUGCGACGGCCGCAACGCGCCGCCCCUGGUGUCCAAGUUUGAGGCGCCCCUGCUGCGCCGCCUGCACCGCCAGGGUCUGGUCUACUUUGAUGUCCCCAUCACGCCCGGCGACAGGUUCAGCAUACCGCCCCUGGAGGGCUUUGUGUCGAACCGCACCGCGGACGCCAGCGCCAGCGGGGCCGACCCCGUCGAGUCGCUGCUGUACGCGGCCUUCGUGGCCAGCAGCGAGAGGCUGGCGCUGGCUGACCUGGCGGGGAUACUCAACGUGCCAGUGGAGGAGCUGCAGGUCGCUAUGUCGGUCGCCUGCCGCCUCGGCUUCGCCACCCGCCUCCCGCCCGCCGCCGACGCCCCCACCCGCCCGCUCGGCGCCGCGGCAGCAGCAGCUUCAGCCGCCGCCGGCGGCGGCGUCGCCCGCUUGCCGGGCGCGAGCACGCUGUCUAUUCCGGAGGAGUUGGAGGAGGACGGCGGCAUGCCGCUGGACCCGGCACAAACCGGCGACGGCGGCGGCGGCGGCGGGGGGCCGGCCCGCGGCGAGGGCGGCGCGCCGCCACUGGCGGACGGCGCGGCGAUCGCGGUGGUUGUGGAUUCCGAGGCCACGUCAUACCUCAUGAUGGGCGCGCUCUCGCCGGGUGCGGCGGGGCGCGCGCUGGCUGCGGGCCUAAAGCGCCACGCGGUGUCGUUGUUCGAGGCGGGCCGCGUGAGCGGGGCUGAGGUCGUGGCGGAGCUGAUCAGAGAGCUCUGGGCCAGCUACGAGGCCGGCCAGGGCUUCGAGGGUGAGAUGCUGCAGCUGACCAACUACACCGCCGCACUGGCCACCCUGCUGGAGGCCGCGCGCGCCGCGGGCGGCGGCGCCCAGCUGGAGCUCGUGCGCAAGGAGUCCCUCGCGGGCCUGGACCCCACCGCGGCUGCCAAGGUGCUGGCACACGCCUACUGCGCCGUGCUGCCCAUAGCGCCGCUGCCCGGGCCACCGCUGCCACUCACUCCGUUCGGGCCGGGGCCCACGCACUAUGGGCCCUCUGCUGAGUCUGGAAGCCCCUGGCUGCAGCUGGCCCUGUACUCGGCUAGCAGAUCAGGCCCGCUGUCCCUGGUGCUCGCAGCCGGCCAGCGCCUGUGGCGCCUGCCCGCGCAGCUGGAGCACUGCACCCACGCGCUGCUCUGGGGCUGGGACCCCGAGCCGCGCGCUGGGCUCGACACGCAGCCGCUCCUGGUGGAAGGCCCCUUCCUACUGGCAUCCCUCAAUGACCUGCUCACGCGCGGCGCAGUCCUGGCGCAGCCGCUGCUGUCCAGCCGGCCGCUGCUGUCGACGGACGCGGCCCCGCGCCCCGCCGGCAGGCUGGGCGCCGCGGCCGCGGCGGCGCCCCUGGUGGAGUUUGCUGAUGUCGCGCUGCCCUUGAGAGGCACCAGCAGCGCCGGCGCGGCGACGACCGACUCCCAGCAGCAGCAGCAGCAGCAGCAGCAGCAGCAGCAGCAGCAGGCAAAGGGGCAAGGGGCCGACGGCGGCGACGGCGGCGCGCACGGCGGCCUGCGCGUGCAGGCGGUCGCGCGGCGGUCGGGCAGGCAUGAGGAGAUCGAUCUUCCCGGCUGCGUCGUCGCGGCGCUGGGGGAACUCGGGCUUGAGCAGGCGGUGGGGUACCUGCGGGUGCUGCGCAUUGGGGGAGGCGGCGAUGGACACGGCAGUGGCGGCAACAGCGGCACGGGGGCUGAGGAGAGUGCCGGGGCGGGCGGCGCGGCGUGGGUGCCGCUGGCGGUGCAGCUGGGGGUGCCGCUGCACGACCUGCAGCUGUGCAAGGAUGUGUGCGCGGCGGCCGUGGCGGCCGAUUUUCUGUCGCCGGCCAGCCGCGCGACCCACACGGUGGCGGCGCAGCUGCUGCAGGCGCAGCUCUGGGGGCUGGUGGGGCA